AUGUCAACUGGCACCAUCGGCGUUUCAUCGCCAUAUCAUUGCAUCGCCCUGUUCAUCCGUCAAGCCCUCCGUCGCUCAUCGUUCGUCCUCGCGCAUGCCAUCGGCAUGUUUGCCGCACCGUUCAUCACUCCAAAAUCGCAGCUCAGCGAUUUUGUUGGCUUGCGAUGCGGAUCUUCUGGUCUCCAAUCGCGGAUUCAAGAGGGUCUUAUGGCCAUCACGCCACAGAAGUCAUUGCCCGAAACGGCUGGGACCUUCAGCCUUGCCAACCAGACCCGCCAUCUCAUCGACCAUUGCCACAGCUCGGGCUCGAAAAAGUCCUGCGGCCGCGGACGUGACUACGAUGCUCACGCGGCCGAAUGUGCGAUACGCCAGCUGACCGACGCUGGACUCUGA